UUUAAGUUUCUCACUGGUCUUCAUUGAGACCUCAAACCUCAACGUAUAGAUUUUUUGGAGAGAAUAUUUUCCUACCAUCUAAUCUGUAUAACUACAUACACAAUGGAGACUAGAUGACGGAAUGCCUCCCAUGCCAUCCUUCCAUAAUGGUGAGCCUUGACUACAGACUCAAAAUCCUAAGUGGCAAGGAACUGGAUGAGGAAACUCGGACAAAGGCAAGCUCAGAUGCACACACUAGAAGAAGAUGACAGCUGAAGGGAUACUGUUGGGUUCUUCAUCCUCAUCUUCGGCCAAUGGACAUGAAAACAAAAUCUUCCACCAAUGUGAGCACUAUCAAAGAAAAUUCUGCUCAUAGUGAUCAAGACCCAAGGGGCAAAACCAUCAGAGAGCUACAAUAACAAGUGGCAACUCUCCAAGCAUCCAUCGUUGUUGGCAGUUAGGUACUUCUGUAACUGCAAAUCACAUCUUUCAAACAUUCUAGCUCAUUGAUUCAAGGCCAUCCGAGUACAUGAGAGUUCGUGUUCCUUCGUUUCCAUCUAAUGUUCAUUAUAAAAAGCAAGGAAGAGGAAAAACAUUUCAAAGAUUCCAGCGUUUUCAGGAGCAAGACUACAUGGAUCCCAAUCAGGGUCUUUGUUUAGGCGCGCUCUUUGACAUUGCAGCAACAAAUGGGCUUGAUAUGGGCAGAAGGUUAUGCAUCUUUGGGUUUUGCCGUUCCAUUGAGAUGCUCAGUGAUGUUGUGGAAGACGCUGUCUUAGAGCAUGGUGGAGAGGUGGUAGCCGCAGAGAAAGCGAGUGAUGGAGGCUUACAGGAGAAGCUGAUCAUGACUGUUGCAGUCCCACUUCUCUGGGGUGUCCCCCCUGCUUCUGAGACCCUCCAUUUUGCUGUCCGAAGUGGUGGAGGGAUCGUGGAAAAGGUGUACUGGCAGUGGGAUUUUUUAUAACAAAAUACCAAAACCACUUGUGCAUUCUGUAUAUAAUUAAAUUGUUGUAAUUCCUGCUUUCAUUGGCUCAUGUAUCCCAUUCUAUUGCUGCCUUCCAAGGCCCCCAUCUGUAUUCAGAACUCCGUACUCAUAAUCUCAUGUAAUAGCACUCAUAUUCUAGUCAAUGGGAAAUCCCAACUGACAUGUAUGACCCCA